AUGAUGUCUCUCAAACCCACCACUCUCCACCCUCAUCUUCUGCCACUACAGCACACCCAUUUCCCUCUUUCACUCCCGCAAAGCCACAAAUUCCCAAAGCCACUCUUAACCAACAAGCGCGUGCCCAUUCACCGGCUUCUCGUCUUAGCCAAAUCUCCCAAUUCGGACCGCUCCCCCCGGAAAACAGAGGAAGAGAAACUGACCCACGAAGGGUCAGUCACCGAGUCGCUCCCCAACGGCAUGUUUCGGGUUCGCUUGGACAACCAAGACACGCUUAUCGGUUACAUUUCCGGUGCUAUCCGAAAGAAUUACAUUCGUAUACUCCCUGGUGAUAGAGUCAGGGUCGAGGUCAGUCGCUACGACUCGUCCCGAGGCCGCAUAACCUACAGACUCCGCAACACCAAAGAUUAA